AGAUAGACGGAUAACUGCAAAUAUUAGAAGAAAUAAUAACCUGUAUGAUCUUUUUCUUUUAGGAAUUACAGAAAUACUUGGAACUUGGUAUAUCCAGAGACAUACUACAAAAAUGGACUACACUCUGGCCCUGUUGUUUUCCCUGCUACACGUUUUCAGUGUGGGCACGGCUGCUCCUCUGCCAGUGGAGGUGGUGAAGAUGAAAUCAAAAGUGAAGUGGAUGGCUGAGCAGCUGGUCGUCAGGCUGAACAAGGACUUCCAGGUCCCUCCUGGUCUGACACUCAGUCCGCCUGCUGACAUCCUGGAUGGACCCUCGUCCAUAGUCACGGUCUUGGAUGGUUAUAACAGCCUAAUCUCCGACACCUUCAACGGAGUCUCCCAGGUCAAGUUUGACAUCUCGUCUCUGACGGGUUACAUCGGUCAGUGGAGGCAGGGGCACUGCACCGAGCAGCGGCCCAAGCCCUCGGUGCCGGGGCCCCUGCAGGAGCUGCAGAGUCGGAAGGAGUUCAUUCACACCGUUAGCAUCGAGGCUCUCAUGAGAGUGAAGGAGUUCCUCAAUCUGCUGCUGAAAAAUCUGGACCAUCUUGAGACUUGCUGAAAAAUGGGACAUUAGCACCAGUAUUUGUAAGUUGCUGGCAAACUUUUG